ACCAAACCGCACCGCAUUCGGAAUAGGAACUUGAAUUCAAACUUUCUAAACUUUCUCUUCCGUAAAUUUUGCGUAUUCCAUUUAGUUGCGAGCGAAUUUUGGUGCAAGUUUUCUCGGUUGUCAGUCAAACGUUAAGAGCUGUUUCAUGAUGGCUAGAAGAGCUCUAAGAGUUACUGUGACUCUGGACUUUGAAACGGUCACUUGUCCGGGAGUAUGGCUGUGCCCUAGAGGUAGAGCUUACCUCCAGGUGCGCAUGCUUGAUAGAGUGUACAGAACCAAAGAAGUUUUACCAGCCUUCCCUCUUCAGUUUUAUGAAAGGUUCCAGUAUCAACAGACUGUUUGUAAGGCUUGGACAGUUGAACAGCUCCGGGAGUAUUUGGCAUCAACGUGUAUUCAUGCUGAGCUGGUACAAGUCACUUCCCAAAGUAACUUAUUGGUCUUAGCUACUUUUCGGACGUCGGUUGCUGAUCUUCUUUACCCGAUUGAAGAUGAGAUUGGCGUAUGCAUUCAAAGACCAGUGAGUCUUCUGAUGGAUGCUACAGACCGCUUUCCGGGUACCAUAAAUCCGAAAAUUGAAGUAGGCACUGCCCUCGUCAUUGACGAGAUGAUAAACUAUCCUCUUCGGGGUGAUUCGUGGAUAUUGGAUCCCAAACAUCUCCAGAUUGGGACAAAUGCAAGCACAAAGCCCCGAACAAAGGGACGGUUUCAUCAAACACCGGUUUGCCACUCAGACCGAUCGGUGGAGCGUUGCGAUAGCUGCAAGCCAUCUACAACCAAUAAAAAGUAUCACAUCCGCAUCAAAAGUCCACUGAAGUCUCCUCGCAGGAGAAGUAAUUCAAUGGAAAAAGAGAACUUGCCGCAAAGGUUCAGCACAAGUACUUUUACAGGACAUGCUGAAGAUCCUGGAAAUCUAGGAAGCCUGAAUUUUUGUCAAGCUCAGGAAUGUGGGUUGUGUGCCAAUUACGAGCGUAAAAUGGAGGCGUUGCACAGGAGGGGCAGUUCCAUCUCCAAAAGCAAGUAUCACUCCAUGCCAACGCAGAAAUACUCUACAGCUCCCAGCCCUCACAAAAGUGGAGUUUAUGAAUCGAAUAACAUUCGCUCUGAUCUUCAUGGAUCCUAUGCAAAAUUAAGGAGCACCUCCUCUGCAAAGCUGACCAAUCCCCCAAAAAAUGGAAGGCAUUACCACUCUAAAAACAUAGAUCCCUCAGAACUGAAAGCAGCUAGAGAAAGGAUUCAGACUAGUAUUAUGAACUUGGCAGAAGCUGUGUCAAAAAACGGUUCCAAACGUCGCGUCCAUUCAAAAACAACGGACUCGCAAAUAUGCAAAGAUUGCAGUGAAAGAUUUUUGAAUAGUGUCUUGCCAGACGAAUUGCUGAGGCAAGGCAGUCCACCUAAAAAUCACACGACCACUAGAGAGAAAACAAGGCGAAGGAAGCCGAAGAAAAAUCCCACUCCACCUGAGCCUUCAAAGUUGAAGUGUUGUACAAACUGCUAUUGUAUCACUUGUAAUAACUGCAAACACAAAGUUAAGCUGGAUGAGUCCCUGUGUUCAAUGUGUAAAGAUAAGGCUGCUGUGUCCAAAAAACUGGAGAAUAUUCCAGGUUAUUAACAGGACACAGAAAGUUCUUUCAAUAGAACGUUUAAAUUUGAAAUUUCAAUCUCUUAAAGCGUAGAAUGUAUUCUGUAAUUAUUUUUCACCAUCCACAGUGAAUCAAUGGAUCACUAGACAAGGUACGAAUUUAAGAAUUCUCACGUAUUUUUCCUCUUCAAAAUUUCACAUUGAACAUAAUUUGUGCAACUAAAGUUACUGAAAUUGAUUUCUAACUAAGAUAUGGAUGUUUUUAUUCAGAACUGGUUAUGAAAAAUGAGAAUUUUUUGCUCAUUAAAAGAACCAUAGUCGACGUGAAUCAAAUCGCGCUCUGCAAUAUUUUUGGGAAGCUCCUUGAUCAAGCCCCUCACUUCCCCACUCUGCGUUUUUCAAAAUGUAAACAAUGUGCAAUAUCUGAACCAAAGCGCUAAGAUGCUGCCAUAUUGUGGAAAUUCACAUCACAGAGACUGUUUUGGUUAUGUUUAUUGUGAGAUUUAAUUUGAGUAGACGGUGGUUUCUUUCAGGAGCAGGAGAUUUGAAUCAAUCAAAAAAAGUUAAUAUCUUUGUUACAAGUCACUUCCAAUAAUUUCCGUCGCUUUAAGUAAAUUAUGUUGCAUGUAAACUUUUGAUGAGAAAUUGAAUUCAUAUCUUGUCCAGUGGUCCAUUUUGUAUCGUCUAAUGUUUUUUUCAAAUUGCCUUGAAGUCAGCACUUAACUGUGCAGAAAAAUUUGCUAUAAUUUUUUUAAAAAAAUCACUUACUUAAACUUACCUUACAACUUUUUAUCGCCAUAAGAGUAUUGAAACUCUCACCCUAAGACUGUAUGAUGAUGUCUUGCCAAAUAUAUUUAUCUCUAAAGUUAUUUUUUUCUGAGUAGCUUCAAGUUAGUCUGAUUUUGACCGUUCUCUCCUGGUGAAUCCCUGUACAUAUUUUCAUAUUUAAUCAUUCUAAAAGAUUUACUUUAACUCAAAAUCAUAUAUUUUGUAGCAACGAAACUGAUUUACCUUGCAGUACAAAGCAAACAUAGUUUUUUACUCAGUUAAUUUUAGGCGUUAUAAAUUUAUGCACAUAUUAAAUUGUUAAGUUGAUUAGUUUCUAAAUAGUUUUAACUGUAUGUUCCAAGCAUCAAAAAGGAGAAUUUAUCAAAAUAUUUAUGUAAAUCCGUUUGAACACAAAAUACUUUACACCGUAGGAAAAUUGGACAGAGAUGAGGAGAAUCAACCUAACCACAACAGACAUUGCCGAAUUUAUUCUUGUGCUUUACUUAUUUACCAAAAAACCAAGCAACAUUCUGACUUGGAAUUGUGUAAGUGUAUUCUUUGUAUUAUGAGAUACAGAUAAAUUUAGAAAAAGUUGCAAUGCAAUCUGUUGUUUAGUUCUCUGUUGAUAAAGUAAUAACCAUGAGGAUAUAAGGCAACAUGGGAAGCCGUUAGGCUGGUCCUGGUCCAAAUAUAGUUCGCUGUAUUAUGAAUGGAAAGUAGAUUGUUUUAAAGUAACUCUUGUCUCGAAAAAUUGGAAGAAUCACAGAGCUCUUGAAUGGCACAUAUUCUGAAGGAGUCAGUUCAUUAAGGGAUGAAUUGGUUUUUAAGAUUUGAAAUUAGAGGGCAAACUUCUAUGCUUAAGCAUCAACAUAAAUGAGGAAUAAGCUGAGAAAGACAUGACUUAAUUUCGAGAAUAUGGAAGAUUUUUGGCAGAUUUUUUUCACUUUCAAAAUGAGUUCCUGUAGGAGAGUGAAAACUCUUAACUUGCUCUAGCUUCUAACUGAGUCUUGAGUGGUUUUUGCAUGCUUCCUGUCCACUUUUUCUUUGCCUGUAUGUCUCUUCAAUCUUUGCAAAUUUUGUACAGGACAAAUUUGCAAAUUUUUUGUACAACAAACUUUGUUCUUCUGAAGUAUGAGCAGUACCAAUUCUAGACUGUGGCACCUUUGUUUUUUAAUUUGAAAAUCAGAUGUAUAUGGACUUUUUCUGUCUAAUUGCGUCCAUCCCAAUUUAUUAGAACGAGAGUAAUACUGAGUGGUAAAUGUUGAAGCUUGCUGAUCGAAUGGACACUAUUCAAUUUUUCUUGGAUGAGAAUCUUAUUUUUUCUCCAGCUUGGCUCCAGCAUUGUCAUUUUUUAUUGGCACCUCAUGAUCAGAGCUCUUUGAACUUUACUCCCUCAAAAUGUCAACUUUAGAUCCUUUAUCAGCCUUCUCAAUGCCAGAAGAAUAUUUUGAAAUUACUUGCUCCAAUGCACUUGUUAUUAUGCACCAAGCAUGACGUUUGCUGUCAAUAUUUUCUGGAAGUUGGUUUUCACUCAUGUUCAAUUUUUUCUUUUUGUCUGUUGAAGCUGCAGCAUGGAACAUUGUUGUCCGAAAGUUGUGAGAGACUGUGCUCUGUGCCACAAAAAUUUCCAUGACAGUCUCAAAACACUCUUACGAACUCUCUCCUUUCAUUGUGAUCACUGCACCUCUCUUGAAGAGUUAGGGAGCUGCUUUAAAUACCAAUCAUCUUUGCAUUGUUAGAUAGGAACCAUGCUAAAACUUCUCAUGAGACGCCAUCGCAUCAAAAUUCUAUGCAGAGCACAUUGAACAAAUGGAAAUUUUUAAAAAAACAACUCGCAAGUGAUAAAUUAGCAUUUAUGGUUUACACUAGAAUGACUGAACAUACUCGGAGCAGUAGCAGUAUUAAAAAAAUUAAACUCAAGACAUACAUUAUUUAUUUCUCCUCUAUAUUUUUUUUAUACUUGAAUGAGUCAACUCAAACUUCCUAUUCACCAAAAGAGAAACCAAGAAACAAACUCCAAAAAACCCCAGAAAUAUUGCAUGUCAACUCAGUAAUGAAAAACAAAUUAUAUUGUAACCAAAGUUAGGUCUUACAAUUUUUUUCCUUUUUUAUUUAUGUCCAUGUGAGUGUGCUUUUGUUUCAUCAAGAAAAGAAUCAGCACCUAGAAAAAAAUAUUUUUUCAGGAACAAUGCUAGCUCAGCAAUUCAUUUGACCAUUUAUUAUUUUGGAGGGAAGCUCGAAUAGACUGAUUCUCUCAAAGAGUAAACCAGUAAAUGUUCAAAAAUGCAAAUGCAAAAAAAAUUACUAAUUUUUAAAUUGAAUUAGGAGAUGUUCUUUGUGUUCUACAUAAAAUGUUGCUGAGAAAACAAACCAUCGUGGAGUUUAUUACAUUUCUGACACUGCCUUGGGAUCCAUUUUAUUUUCAUACUUCGCAUGUCAUGAAGCAUAUUGACAGUGAAACUGCAAAAAUGCAUAUCUUGGUCCUGGUGUUUCAAAAUAUCUGCCUCUAUUUCAUUUUUUAAAAGGAGAUCAAACCAACAUUACUGAAAAUUUUCACAGAAUACUCCUCUGGCGGAGAAAAAAAGUAAAUCACCAAAUUUUUCAAAGAAUGACUUUCAGUAGUUAUCCAUGUGGAAAAUAAAGUAUAUGUGACAGGAGGGCUGCAACACCGCAAACCAAUGUACUGUGUCCCUGCUGUUUUACCAUCGAUAUGUGAGAAAUUGACAUGGACAGUUUAAGAAACAUGUAACCACUUUGACAAGCAUAUUUGGCGUUACUAGUAGUUUCCAGAAAGCAUUUGAAUGCAUUUGCUGCACAGCAUCCAUUCAAUAUUUUAGUCAAUUUUUAAGAUUGGGAAUAUGUAGUUGAAUUUUAGUUGCUGUUAUAUGAACGCACUAUUUGUUAGUAUGUAUUGGUGCAUAACAUUUUUUUGAAGAUUCUAGUUCCUUAACUGAUGAUAAUUGCGAACAAAUUUUUAGGUGACUCAAUAUAAAAGGAGCCCAGUUUUAUUCAUGAUAUGCCACUGAUUUGCCAAUUAAUCUCGACUGAUCAUCAAAAUUUAAGUUUAUCUAAAUCACCUAAAGUACAAAAUUGAACUCUCGGUCAUCUUAUUUUUAAUCAGGAAGGUUAUUCAAUGUCACCCAUAAAUUAAUUUUAGCAUUAUUAUUUAAUAAAAAUAUAUUGUUUACUCACAGCACAGUAAUGGUUGUGGUAUUGUGGAUAAUAUGGUGCACUUGAAAAUCUCAAGUAUUAUGCACCCAAAAGUACAUUAUUGUGCAUCCAGUUAUUCUAGUCUCUGGAAAAGGAACAAGCCUUAAAACAUUAUGAACGCGUAAGGAUUACAAGCUCAAUUCACUUCCUCAUCAAAACUUAGCCGUAUCAUCCUCAAAGUUGCUAUGUUGUAUAAGAAUAUCAUAUUAUGUUAACAGGAUAAUUGUAACUGAAAUUGAUCAUUUAUUCAAUUUGAACGACAUUUUCUUGCAUUUUUGUAAAAUUUUAGUGAACAUGUUGCAUGAAAUAAACAGUCUUCAUGUGAAUGUUUAACUCAUUUAAUGAAGUAAACAUUUUAGUGCUUUA